AUGCACCUUUCCUUCGGGUAUGUAGUUUUAGUGUGUCUUGGAGGAUCUGUCCAAUGUCAGACGACACCAGCUGAUGUUAACAAGCUAAGGACGGAUCUGUUUGCUGAUUACGACCCUUCUGUUCGUCCAGUGACUGACCAGAAUGACGCCAUCACCCUCGAUGUGAGUUUUUUCCUCUCCACUGUGAACGAAGUAGAUGAGGUGGACGAGAAGAUGGUCACUACAGGUUACAUCAGUCUGAGUUGGUAUGACGAACUCCUGACGUGGACUCCAGACAGGAAUAAUGGCAUUAAGGAAAUUCAUGUCAUUCAGAACGAAAUCUGGAAACCAGACUUGGUGCUGAAAAAUGGUUUUAAGAAGUUCGAAGAAAUGGGGGCAAAUUUCCACAUGCUUCGUAUAACUAAUGAAGGCCAAGUCAACUGGUACCCGUUCGAGGUGCUGGAAACCCGUUGUUCCAUGGACAUCACAUAUUAUCCCUAUGAUGAGCAAAGUUGUGAUAUAACGUUCAUCGUAUGGAGUUACUUCGAUUCAGAAGUUAGCAUAAGAAAAUCUUCCAAAGGGAUAGAUAAUUAUGAAUUCCAGGAAAACAGUGUUUGGACGGUAGUAUCAACCAAAGCUGAAGUAAUUCAAUCUACCUAUGAAUCAAGAAUAACGUUUACUAUUUAUUUGAAACGAAAACCUCAAUAUUUUGUCAUGAAUAUGAUUGUCCCUAUCAUCUGCUUGGGAAUUUUAAACAUUCUUGUUUUUGUAAUUCCUGUUGAUGCAGGAGAGAAGAUGUCGUAUUCUAUUACAGUCUUUUUGUCGUUUGCGGUAUUCCUGACAAUUAUCAGCGCUGAACUUCCAACAAAUUCUGAGAGUACGUCCACUCUGAGUUUCUAUGUUAUUCUUCAGAUGGUAAUCGGCGAGUUAGUACUUGUCAUAUCGGGGCUUCAGUUGCGUCUCCAUCACAGAAAAAGCGACCACGGUAUAUCGAAAUUCUUUGUGAGGAUAGUGAAGAUCGGACAGUGCUUGAGAUGCGUUAAAACACGUUGUACUCGCAGAGGAAAGGACAUUACCGUUGUGGAGAAAAUUGACGAAAAUGAAGAGAAACAGUCAGCGGACGCUGACGUAGAAUGGGGCGACGUGACGUCAGCUAUUGACUUUUUAUGCUUUUGGAUAUUUUUGCUCGUUAACGUCGGCGUAACGUUGUUUCUAUUUCUCUAUAUUUCUGGUUAAUUUAUGGAAACUUUGGUAAUCGACAAGAUUUUUUCCCAGAAGUGUUAGGAACAGGUCAGAGUUCAAUUGCCCGAUACCAUCAUCCAGGUCUUCGGGCCACCAAUCUUUAAAAAUCUUACCUUAAAUCUCAUGAUUUCCAACCUACCUACGAUUUUGUCAUAAUGAUACUUGUCUUAAACCAGAUUGAGAAAUAGGAAGUUAACGUCUGAGCACAACUGCGCAGGAUGUUAUAACUGUGUAGAUACUGGCCCAAUACUUUUUCAUUGGUCCAAACAUAUCAUAUAUUUAUUACUUAAAUCUAUCCAGUUGAAAAAUUUCACGUCAGCUAAAUUUUGAAAGGGCUUUGGAAAGGACUAUAUUUUGUGGCGGAAGAAUUGCUUGAUCAAAUAGUCCUAAAUGUGCACGAUUUUACAGUUUAUGUUUUAUCCAAUAUAUCGUCAAUAUCCAAAUAUACUCCUGGACGUGUGUUUCAAUUUUGUAUUUAUGAUAUAUGUAGUAGAGGCCUGGAACUAAUUCAAAUCAUUUGGUUUAAGUAAUUCCACCCUCCUGUGAUGUCAUCAGAUUUUGCAAAAUGAAUGAUUUAUUUAGAUUGAUGCAUGAUAGGAACAUAAAUGUUGUUAGAGUCUUUUCUGAUAGUUAAUUGUAAAAAAUAUCUUGUUAAAAGUAAACUACUUUAAAAGUCUAAGUUAUCUAUAGAUGAAUAAUCAACGAUAAGUUUUAAAAUACUGCACCCAAGGGUAAUAACUCUGUUUUUAUUAAUUUCUUUAAUAAGUCUAUUACGCGAUAUAUUUCCUUUAUUUUUUUUUUACAGACAUUUUGUAUAUUUUUGUGAAGAGUUUCAUGAAAUUGUUAUGAAUGCUAUUAUAUCGUCAUAACCAGUUGUGUGUGGGGGUUUUUUUUUGGGGGG